AUGGGCCCUAAGGGAUGGACACCGAGCCAGCUGUCCUUGGCCGAGGGGUUCUGGGGUCCUUGGAGGUUUGCUCCCAGAGAACCAGGCCUUUCUCAGUUCGGGGGAAGCCCCAGGGUCUCAGAAAGUAAGCAGAGAGAGCGAGGGAACGGUGCAGGGGCUUGGAGCAGCCUGAGGAGGUGGCUUCCCAGGGAGCAGGUGGUGUCAGCCUCACUGUUGGCGGUCGGGCCUCACCCAGGAGAGGGAAGUCUUGGCAUUAGGCUGAGCUACUUGGGGGACAGUUCCCGGCCUCCAUGCCCCUUCAUGUGUCCCCAUCAUCGCCCCCAGAGGAAAGGGUCAUGGUGCCCUCCAGCCACACUUUCCCACCUCUCCCAUCUCUGCCUGUCUCUUUCCCCACUGGACUGGGGAGAAGCCCAGCCCAGCCCCCGCCCAGAAGCUCGCUCCUCAGCCUCCACAUGUCCCUAUAUCCUGAUGACCAUAAAUUAUUGCUUCUGCUGCGAGGCCAUAGAUACUAGACUGAUGCAGGUAGGAUUUGGUUUUCUAUUUUUUUUUAAGUUUUUAAUUAAAUCAAAGAAAACAAACAGUUGA